AUGGCGGAUUUAGAUUUAAUUGUUAAGCAAUUUGAUAAAAAAAACAACCAUUUUACUUUUGAUGACAUUCCCGAUUUGACUGGAAAAGUUACGGUCGUUACGGGAGGAAAUGCUGGAAUAGGAUAUAUUACGUGCAGAGAAUUGGCCAAAAAAAAUGCACAUGUGUUCGUAUUAAGUCGUAAUAUCGAGAGAGGUCAGACAGCAGUUGAAAAAAUCAAAUCCGAGACUGGUAAUCGAAAUAUUGAAUUUUUGCAGUUGGAUUUAAAAAGUUUGAAAUCUAUUAAAGAAUGCGCCGAUAAAUUUUUGGCUAGAAAUUUACCAUUGCACAUUCUAAUUAACAAUGCGGGAGUCACUACAACAGCAUUUUCGCUUACUGAGGAUGGUAUUCAAGAAGAAUUUGGACUUUUCACCAAAUUAUUGUUGCCAAAAAUUAAAGCCUCUCAACCAGCACGUAUAGUAAAUCUUAGUAGUCAUGCUCAUCAAUUAGUUCCUGAGGGAGGAAUUGAAUUCGAGAAAUUAAAUGACCCAAAUGCAUUUGAUUCAAUGCCUCACAUGUCAAAAAGGAAUGAUGUAUCUGCUCCAGAAACUUUUCUUUCUACUACAAUCUCAGCUGAUGAUGGAGCUAUUACUACCUUGUAUUGUGCUACAAGUCCAGAAAUUGAAGAAAAAAAUUAUCGUGGAAAGUAUUUUGAACCAUUUGGUGAUGAAAAAUUAGUUACAAAACGGGAAACUAAAGGUGUCACGACACGAAAAUGGUUAUUUGGUACAACA